AAUCCUGAGCUUCGAGCUUCCACUCUACCAAUUCUUUGCUGGUGUUCUUUGUUCCAUUUAUUGCAUCAUGUCACGAGCAGCCAAAUUAGCAGAGCUUCGAGCUUUGCGUGCUGCAGGCAAGACGCGCCUUUCCACUUACCAAGUCGUCGAAGAAGAGCAAUUGUACGAUGAAGUCGACGAAGAGGGCUACAAAAAGGUCGUCCGAGGCCGUCUAGACCAAGAUGACUUCAUUGUAGACGACAAUGGCGAGGGCUAUGCCGACGAUGGCAGAGAGGAGUGGGACGGUGACCACCCCGGCUAUCGCUACGCAGCGACAGACAGUGAGGAGGAAGAAAACCGCCCCGCCAAAGGCAAUGCUGGCAAAAGGAAACGUGAGGAAGACAAAGAGAGGCAAGAGAAGAUCAACAACGGCAUCAGCAAGUACUUCAGCGCGAAGGCUGCCACAAAGGCUGUGAAGCCUAAGCCUGUUGCAACCGCUGCGGAUGAUGCCUUUAUGGCCGACUUGCUCUGCAAAGUGGACUCGAACAUUCCCCGCCGUUCUGCACCUCUCAUGCGACCUAUGAAGACUGAAUCUCGAAGAAAGACACGCGUCUUGUCCCCCACUGUGUCUGAGAACAGGGCCUAUGCCGUCACGAAGAAGACUGGUGACUCGGACGGCUACAUGCCAGACACCCCUCCAGCAGAAAAUAACGAUGACGGCUAUCUUCCCACUAUUGAUGACGAUAUGCCAAUGAGCGAUCUCCCCCUUCAAUCAUCACCGGUUGCCAAAGCCGUAGAACGGAAAUCUCAACCUCCUAUCAAGGCCGAAGAGGAAGAGGAAGACCUCAUGGAGGUCGCUGAGGUGGUUGGUCAUGCUGGUGUGGCUACACCCAGCAUUAACAUGGCUGGACGCCGGCCUGUGCCCAAGAUCAAGAAGUCAGACUACCCGACACCCGCCAGUUCUUCACCAGCUGGGCCUUCAACCGCGCCUGCUGUUGAUGCAUCCUCCUGGAAUGAUGUUACCGACAGACUCAACGUCAUGAGUAGCCCCGCGCCGACUACUACAAGCGUCGGAAAACUGAGCCCACAGUCAGUGCUUGAAGACGAUGGUAGCGUGCGGAUGUUCUGGAUUGACUAUACCGAGAUCAAUGGUAGCUUGUGUCUGUUUGGAAAAGUGAUGGACAAGACCACUGGUAACUACGCCAGCUGCUUCCUCAAAGUGGAUAACAUUCUUCGAAAGCUUUACUUCCUCCCUCGCGAAUACCGCCAGAGGCGAGGUCGAGACACAGAGGAGGAGGUCGAGAUGAGUGAUAUCUCCGAGGAAGUCGAUACUAUCAUGACCAAGCACCGAGUGGCUAUGUACAAGAUCAAACCUUGCACGAGGAAAUAUGCAUUUGAGCUUCCAGGCAUUCCCAAGGAGGCCGAUUACCUGAAACUUCUUUACGGGUACGAGAAAACGCCUCUCUCCACCGAUCUGACUGGUGAGACAUUCUCUCACGUAUUCGGCGCAAACACCUCAUUGUUCGAGCAAUUUGUACUCUGGAAGAACAUCAUGGGUCCAUGCUGGCUCAAGAUCGAUGAUGCAAAUUUCAACGCCGUGAACAACGCGUCAUGGUGCAAGCUCGAGCUUCAAGUCAGCAAGCCUGGGCUCAUCUCAACGCUCGGAAACUCGGACAACUUGGAAGCUCCACCGCUCACUCUCAUGAGCAUCUCACUUCGCACCACAUUCAACGCCAAAGACAAUAAGCAAGAGAUUCUCGUGGCGAGCGCUAUGGUCUAUGAUAACUUCUCGCUCACCGAUACUACUCCCGCAGACAAGCUUCCCUGUAAGAGUUUUACUAUCAUGCGUCCAAAUGGAGAUGCCUUUCCAACUGGAUUCAAAACCGAUUCCGAAAAACAGAAAGGCAGCGUCAUGCUCCGCAAAACCGAAAAAGAGCUCCUCAGUCUCUUCAUGGCUAUGUUCCAGCGUCACGACCCUGAUGUACUGGUCGGCCAUCGCCUCGACGACGUAGACUAUAGUGUCUUACUGAACCGCAUGCGUGAGCGCAAGACGCCAGGCUGGCACCGUAUUGGGCGACUCAGGAGAAGUGAGUGGCCCAAGAACAUGGGCAAGGGUGGAGGCAGCUUCAUUGUUGAGAGGCAAUUAGCUGCAGGACGCUUAUUGUGUGAUUUGGCCAACGAUCUCGGAAAGUCACUCAUGACAAAAUGUCAAUCAUGGAGCCUGGAGGAAAUGUGCCAACUUGUCCUGAACAAGCCCCGACAGGAAUUGGAUAACGAAGCAGCGUUAAAGACAUGGGCUUCUACAAAAGACGGUCUGAUGAACUACGUCAAGCACUGCCAAGCCGACGCAUACUUCAUCGCCGCCAUCUCCAUCAAGGUCCAGAUGCUCCCUCUGACCAAGGUUCUCACCAAUCUCGCUGGAAACUCAUGGGCGCGUACACUCAGCGGAACGCGAGCAGAACGCAAUGAGUACAUUCUUCUGCACGAAUUCCACAAGAACAAAUACAUCUGUCCCGACAAGUCGUGGGGUAAAGGCAAGCCGAAAGCUGAGGAAGAAACCCCUGAGGGCGAAGAAGGCGUUGACGCCAAGAAAAAGGAUAAGUUCAAGGGAGGACUUGUUUUCGAGCCCGAGAAAGGCUUGUAUGACAAGUUCAUCCUAGUUAUGGACUUCAAUAGUUUGUAUCCUAGCAUCAUCCAGGAGUUCAAUAUCUGCUUUACGACAGUAGAGAGAUCUGAUCUCUCUGAAGACGACGAGAGAGUCCCCGAAGUCCCCUUGAACCAAGACCAAGGCAUUCUCCCACGCCUAAUUGCAACACUCGUCUCCCGCCGUCGAGAAGUAAAAAAACUCAUGAAGUCCCCCACCGCCACAUCGGACCAACUCGCCACAUGGGACAUCAAACAGCUCGCUCUCAAACUCACCGCAAACUCCAUGUACGGCUGUCUUGGCUACACGCGCUCACGUUUCUACGCCCGUCCGCUCGCCAUGUUAACAACAUACAAAGGCCGCGAGAUCCUACGCCGUACAAAAGACAUGGCAGAGGCGAAAAUGCUGCGCGUUAUCUACGGCGACACUGAUUCCGUCAUGAUCAACACCAACGUCGACAACAUUCAAGAUGCGCUCAAACUUGGUAACGAGUUUAAGCGCGAGGUCAACGAUAGCUACAAGCUCCUCGAAAUCGAUAUCGACAACGUCUUCCGCCGGAUCCUACUGCACGCGAAGAAGAAAUACGCUGCCAUCAAUAUGGUCCCUAUGGACGGCAAGUACGUGGAGAAACUCGAAGUCAAGGGUCUGGACAUGCGACGUCGAGAAUACUGCGCACUUUCUAAAGAAACAUCCACCGAACUCUUGAACUUCCUCCUCAGCGGCGAAGACCCCGAAACCGUAGUCGAAAAAAUUCACGACCAUUUACGCACCUUGACGCAGAAGAUGCGCUCAUAUGAAGUCCCCGUUCGCAAAUACACAAUCUUCACACAACUCGGCAAAAACCCCAACGAAUACCCCAAUGCGAACUCCAUGCCCAGCGUGCAAGUCGCACUGCGUCUCUUGGCCAAGGGCAAGCACGUCAAAGCCAAAGACGUCAUGUCGUUCAUCAUCACAGGUGCUUCAUCCGGAUCCGCGGAGACUGCUGCAAAAAAUGCGUUCCCCGUCGACGAAGUGCUAAACCCCUCUUCCGACCUCAAACCAGACAUCGACUACUACUUGCACAAGCAAAUUCUGCCCCCGGUCGAACGUCUCUGCGCGCCGAUCUCGGGCACCAACAUCACGAUGCUGGCGGCGUGUCUAGGGCUCGAUACAACAAAGUACCGUAUCUCGUCGGCCGCGCACACAGGCAAUGCACAGGAUACGGAGAUCCAGCCCCUAGAAUCUCAAAUCCCAGAUGAAGUCAGGUUUAAGGAUUGCAUGCCGCUGUUUCUUCGGUGUCGGAAUUGUUGUACCACCUUUCCGUUCACCGGCCUCUCGACCCCAACUUCAUCUCUGUCCACUAUCACUCACUCCGGCAUCCAAUGCCCGUCCACUGGCUGCGCCACCAUCCUCCCAACCCUCUCAGUCGUCGCACAACUUGAAUCGACAAUCCGCCAACACCUCGCUCGCUACUACGCCGGGUGGCUCAUAUGCGACGACCCGCAAUGCGGGACCCGCACGCGCCAGAUCUCCGUCUACGGCCAUCGGUGUCUCGGGCCCAAGGGCCUUGCGAAAGACUGUCUGGGGAAGAUGGGCUGGGAAGUUAAGGAGAAGGAUAUUUGGAAUCAGUUGUUGUAUCUUAAGUCGCUUUUUGAUGUUGAUAGGGUAGGGAAGGCAGGAGGUAGCAGGGUAGAAGAAGAAGCAAGGGAGAAGGCGAAAGUCCUUGCGGAGGUAAACCGCGAGAGGUUUGGGACCGUCAGGGGGGUUGUUGAGAGGUGGCUUGAGAGGAAUGGGAGGCAGUGGGUGCAGAUGGAUACUUUGUUUGCGUUUGCGAUGAAGCAGCAAUAGUGCGUCGCUGUUGUUUUGGAUGUCUUCGUGUAGUAGCCCGAGGGAAGGACAAGGAUAGGAGAGUUGGUACUGGCCUAUGGUGGGGCAUACUUGGAGUACCGGCGUGUUUGUUUUCAUGCUAUUCACGGCUGGUUUGGCUAUUUGGAAGCUGUGGCGUGGCUAGCUACGGAUAUAGUGGCUCUUGAAUUC